AAGGAAGUGGGGGGGCGAAGGCAAGCGCUGAGGACAGGUGAGGAGCUGCAGUGGGAGCCGCGGGGCGCUGUCCACGGUGCUGACGGGCCCUGCCGGGGCCCAGCGCUCACGUAGGAUCUCCGGGGCCAGGUGGAGCUUCCCGAUCCGCAGGCCUCGGCCGCUGUCCGCGGUGCUGAGGCCUCCAGGUGCGCUCUGUUCUGCGUGCCCGUAGCGCGGCCCCGGCCGGCCGCUAUCCGCCCUGCUGACCCCUACCCUCGGCUACCUUUUGCCUGGAGCAAGCGUGCGGUUUGGAUUUUGCUUUUUAAAAAAGACGAUCUUGAUUCAGAUUCCAACAGCCUCGCACUUCUUCUGUGCCAAAGGGGCCCUCAGGCCGUUCUUCUACCUUUUGGCUCUCCCCAACUUGGUGCGCCCUCCUCCCAUUCCUCCCUGACACUCCCACCACCACCCCCCCUCGGCUCGGCUGCUCGGUGCUGCAGAAGACGCGUUGAACCCUUUUGGAUGUAAUGCGCAGAGGAGGUUGGCCCAGAGCUCCCGGGCUCCCCCAAGGCUGAACUCCGUCCAAGGUGCCCACAGGCUCCCUGCCCGCCUUCCCCAUGCCAGCCCGCAGCUAGGGGCAGGGGCAGCGGCGGCUGGGGUUGGGGGUGGGUGGGGAGCUUUUGGGGAGGACAGGUCGCAGUUUGGCUAUGGAAGGCUCCAAUGGCUUUGGGAUUGACUCCAUUCUCUCCCACCGAGCGGGCAGCCCCGCCCUUCCCAAGGGGGACCCCUUGCUUGGGGACUGCCGUUCACCCCUGGAGCUGAGUCCACGCUCAGAGAGCAGCAGCGACUGCUCUUCGCCAGCCUCACCUGGAAGAGACUGUCUGGAGACCAGUACCUCGCGGCCCGGUGCUGCAUCCGGCCCAGGUUUGGACUCUCACCUGCAGCCGGGGCAGCUUUCAGCCCCAGCCCAGUCGCGAACCGUCACCUCCUCCUUUCUGAUCAGGGACAUCCUUGCUGACUGCAAACCUCUCGCGGCCUGUGCACCCUACUCGAGCAGCGGGCAGCCUGCAGUCCCUGAGCCUGGGGGCCGCCUUGCGGCCAAGGCCGGGGAGGACUUUCGCGACAAGCUGGACAAAAGUGUCAGCAGCGCCUCGUCGGACUCUGAAUACAAAGUGAAGGAGGAGGGCGACCGCGAGAUCUCCAGCUCUAGGGACAGUCCCCCUGUGCGCCUGAAAAAGCCACGAAAAGCGCGCACUGCCUUCACCGACCAUCAGCUGGCGCAGCUGGAGCGUAGUUUCGAGCGGCAGAAAUACCUGAGUGUUCAAGACCGCAUGGAGUUGGCUGCCUCGCUCAACCUCACUGAUACACAGGUCAAGACCUGGUACCAGAACCGCAGGACUAAAUGGAAGCGACAAACGGCUGUGGGGCUGGAGCUGCUGGCGGAGGCAGGCAAUUACUCGGCGCUUCAGAGAAUGUUCCCGUCGCCUUAUUUCUACCCACAGAGCCUCGUUUCCAACCUGGACCCGGGUGCCGCGCUCUACCUGUACCGCGGCCCCAGCGCGCCUCCGCCUGCCCUCCAGAGACCUCUGGUGCCCCGUAUCCUCAUCCACGGACUCCAGGGAGCCAGCGAGCCGCCCCCGCCGCUGCCCCCGCUGCCCGGCGUCCUCCCGCGCGCCGCGCAGCCUCGGUGAGGCGCCCUCUCGCCCCAAUCCGUGCUCCGGGACCCCCAGCUCAGGCUGGGCCCGGGUCCGUACCGUCGCCCCGGGGCAGGGCAGCCCGGCUCCUCACGGUGCCGCAACCCAGUGUCUCCCACGGGGAUAACUUCACUGAGGCUACCCCUCCCUCAGCUGCGUCCUCUUUCCUGGCUUCUCCACCCCGGAGCCACUUUCACCUGCCAGAUGUACAUACGCGCUCCUGCCCACCUCCCACCCAACUCCAAGUCCCUGCGGGCUUCCCUAAGUACCCCUGUCCCCUAGGCAGCAGGUAAGGGGACGCCGGCGACUGGCUCUCUCUCGUGUCCCAGCCUUGGGUCCACCCUUCUUCCCGCACCUCUGUGAGACAGGGUGGGAGUGCUGUACGGAGCUUCCCUCCCAACUCCUUUAUUUUCCCCGAGACCCGGGCUGGCGGCAGAGCUGUACAGUGUGCAAAGUGUAUAUGAAGUUAUUUAUUCGUGAUCCAUGAGCCCGUGACAGUGUCUGUGAAUCAGUGAGUCUGUGGCCUGUGCCCUCAUCGUCCCGGGUGGGGCAGGAAGGGGCCGAGAGUGCUUGCCCAUGCAUCCGGGCCCCCAGCCCCCCUCCCCUCCACCCAGGUCCGGGGCAGCCAGGCCUCUUGGGUUCUCUUUUUUAAAUGUGGAAAUAAACUUCUUACAAAUGACCAGGCGCCUGUCCGCGCUACCUUCCGUUGGUUCCCACUCAGGCCCUCUCCCACCCCAUCCUUCAUAAGAAACUUCAGCAUCUUACACUACAUUUCCUUCUAUUCGCAAAAAGUAGUUUUGUCUCCCCCUUGCCCUGUUCCCCGGUUCCUG